AUCUGUAUUUUCAAAUUUCAGAGCUGCCGGCACGACGGGCAGAACUGACCCCAACCUCGACACAAAAAUAAGAGGGGCUGCACAGCGGGGAAAUAAAGUUGUUGUAAAUAAAAUCCAAGUCACCAUCUCCUCCCAAUCCUCUGCAGCCUCGCCGGGCACGCGAUCGGCAGCUGACGGCCUCACAAUUGGUACAUCCUAAUGGAACUGCGAGGGAAAUGCAAUAAUUUUGCCAUAAUGGGCUGUAACCUCAAUUCGACCCCGGCCCUUGCAGCCCCGGGUCGGAAGCGGGGCGAUGCGCCCUGCCUCCAGCGGGUGGCGCUCGAGUCCGACUGAACGGCGGCGGCGGGCGGCGGGCACGCGCCUGGGGCGCGCGCGCCACCCCUCUCGCCUCCACCCAACUCCCCCAUUAGUGCACGAGUUUACCUCUAGAGGUCAUCAGGCAGGAUUUACGACUGGACAACAAAAGCACGUGAUUCGAAGUCGUACCCCAUAUUUGGGUGCCUACGUAGGAGGGAACCAAGUACAUGUCCCAGUCAUUUCCAUAAUUCAUCAUAAAUUGUGCAAGGGUGCUAUAGACGCACAAACGACCGCGAGCCACAAAUCAAGCACACAUAUCAAAAAACAAAUGAGCUCUUAUUUUGUAAACUCAUUUUGCGGUCGCUAUCCAAAUGGCCCGGACUACCAGUUGCAUAAUUAUGGAGAUCAUAGUUCCGUGAGCGAGCAAUUCAGGGACUCGGCGAGCAUGCACUCCGGCAGGUACGGCUACGGCUACAAUGGCAUGGAUCUCAGCGUCGGCCGCUCGGGCUCCGGCCACUUUGGCUCCGGGGAGCGCGCCCGCAGCUACGCGGCGGGCGCCAGCGCGGCGCCCACCGAGCCCAGGUACAGCCAGCCGGCCACGUCCACGCACUCGCCUCCGCCCGACCCGCUGCCCUGCUCCGCCGUGGCCCCCUCGCCCGGCAGCGACAGCCACCACGGCGGGAAAAACUCCCUGGGCAACUCCAGCGGCGCCUCGGCCAACGCCGGCAGCACCCACAUCAGCAGCAGAGAGGGGGUUGGCACGGCGUCCGGAGCCGAGGAGGACGCCCCCGCCAGCAGCGAGCAGGCGAGCGCGCAGAGCGAGCCGAGCCCGGCGCCGCCCGCCCAACCCCAGAUCUACCCCUGGAUGCGCAAGCUGCACAUAAGUCAUGACAACAUAGGCGGCCCUGAAGGCAAAAGGGCCCGCACGGCCUACACGCGCUACCAGACCCUGGAGCUGGAGAAGGAGUUCCACUUCAACCGCUACCUGACCCGCCGAAGAAGGAUUGAAAUAGCACAUGCUCUUUGCCUCUCCGAGAGACAAAUUAAAAUCUGGUUCCAAAACCGGAGAAUGAAGUGGAAAAAAGAUAAUAAGCUGAAAAGCAUGAGCAUGGCGGCGGCGGGAGGGGCCUUCCGCCCCUGAGUCUUUGAGCGUUUAAAGUACUGAGCAGUAUUAGCGGCUCCCGCGUAGUGUCAGUACUAAGGUGACUUUCUGAAACUCCCUUGUGUUCCUUCUGUGAAGAAGCCCUGUUCUCGUUGCCCUAAUUCAUCUUUUAAUCAUGAGCCUGUUUAUUGCCAUUAUAGCGCCUGUAUAAGUAGAUCUGCUUUCUGUUCAUCUCUUUGUCCUGAAUGGCUUUGUCUUGAAAAAAAAAAAUAGAUGUUUUAACUUAUUUAUAUGAAGCAAGCUGUGUUACUUGAAGUAACUAUAACAGAAAAGAAAAGAGAAAAAAAAACACACAAAAAAGUCCCCCUUCGACCUCGUUUAGUGCCAAUGUUGUGUGUUGCACUCCAGUUGUUUAACUGUGCAUGUGAGUGGAAGUGUUCCUGUCUCAAUAGCUCCAAGCUGUUAAAGAUAUUUUUAUUCAAACUACCUAUAUUCCUUGUGUAAUUAAUGCUGUUGUAGAGGUGACUUGAUGAGACACAACUUAACUUGUUCGACGUGUAGUGACUAGUGACUCUGUGGCGAAAACUGUGACUCCGAGCGGUGUGUCCCUGCGUGCCUUUG